CGUUUGAGUCAUGAGUCGAUAGUGUUAUUUUUGACCAGGACCAGGUUUGAUAAAACCUGUGGCACUGAUCUUCUCCUGAUAGUGUUGGAAGCACAGACUAUGUUUGGAAGGUUAAAUAAUUUUAGGUUAAAUAAUUCUUAAUCCAACUGUGUUCCCACAAUUAAGUCGCUGCGUGGCAUUUAUUGCAGUUAAAUAUUAGCCUAAGUUAAAUGUUCGUCGUCGUAUGCGUUUCUCCACGAACGGGUCCGUUCAGACUGAAUCAUUCAAAAGGGCCGAUUUGAAUGAACAACUCAAUCGCGAAUCGGACAAGAAUCGACUCUGAACACGCGACUAUCACUUCAGGCAAGUCUCCUCUCACACCCAGGAUAAAUUCCACCGCGUAAAUGCUUCCAGAAACACCUCAGAAACUUUCUCCAGCAUGAAGCAGCUGAUUAAUGAGCGGAUCUGCGCAUUAUUCCGCAGUAACUGGCAGCAUACUCUCACAUACUGGAGUGUUUUCUUUAGUUUUGGACUAUGUGUCGCUUUCCUGGGUCCGACCAUCCUGGACCUGAGAUGUCAAACUCAGUCCACGCUACAGGAGAUCACUCUGGUCUUCUUCUCCCAACAGUUUUGCCUCUUUAUUGGAAGCACCAUUGGAGGAUUCUUCAGUAAAACGCUUGUGCAUUCUUUGUCAGCGCUGACUGUGUCCAGCCUCACCAUCUCUGUGGUUUUUGCCGUCAUCCCACUAUGCCAUAAGUUGCUCCUGUUGGCCUUUGCCUUGGCUGUAUCUGGUCUUGCCAUGGGCGUCAUUGACACCAUCUCUAACCUACAACUGGUCAAGAUCUACCAGAAAGACUCCACAGUUUUCCUGCAGGCCCUUCACUUCUUUGUGGGUCUUGGAGCCUUAGUGAGUCCCCUCAUCGCUGACCCCUUCCUGUCUGAGACCAGCUGUGUGAUUGGGAACAGCACCACCAAUGCAACAUCAUUAAGACAUCUGAGGAACAAGCUCGCAGGCAGACAUGUGCACAACGUGUCCAGUGUCCACCUCCACACCGACGGAGAGGUGGUCACUAACGUUUCCUAUGCCUUCUGGAUCAUGGCUAUCAUCAAUCUUCCUGUACCCAUCGGCAUAUUAAUCCUGAUGUAUCGGGAGCGGCUGUUCACGUGCGGAUCAGACCCCAGUCGGCGUUUACUAGAUGGAGACGUGCUAGCGAUGAAAACCUGGGGAACCACGCGUCUGUCAGAAGACACUGGACAUCAGAAAGAGACUUCCAGAAGCCACGUAGACUUGUUCAGCUGCUGUCUCCUUGGCAACGCGCACAGCUUUCCGUUGUCUUUCUUUGGGAUCCAUAUCCUCGGGGGUCUGGUGCUCUUCUUUUCUGACGGUAUAGUGGGCUCAUACACAGGCUUUGUGUACACCUACGCAGUGGCGCCCCCUAUGAAUCUACCUCACAAGACCGCUGGAUACUUGACGUGUGUCUUCUGGGCGGCGAUCACCGUCGGCCGACUGUCCGCCAUUCCUCUGUCUUAUCGAUUUAAACCUGUACACUUGCUCAUCGUUAGUCAGGUGGGUGUGAUAGUCACACUGCUUCUGCUGCUGAUCUUCUCCAACAGCAGUGUGUUCCUCUUCAUCGGCACCUGCUGUCUCGGCCUAUUUAUAAGCAGUAUCUUCCCCUGCAUGCUCGCAUUCACAGAAGACGUCCUGGAGUACAAAGGUUGUGCCACCACAAUCAUGGUGACCAGCGCAGGGAUGGGCGAGAUGUUACUCCAGGUGAUCGUGGGUUCAGUGAUGCACAAUCAAGGUAGCUUCAGUUUCCUGUUGUGCGGAAUGAUCUUCGGCUGCCUGGGAUUCGCUUUCUUCAUUCUGCUGUUCUUUGUCCAGCAAAGUCACAAAAACUCCACAGAAGCUUUCCCUAGUAACUCCCCUACCGAAAGACUUGAGGAAAAUGGGAUCAAGACCUGUUCUGCUGCCGUGCUGAACUCAUGGGACAGGUCAGAGUAGAAAGCAUCCAUCGAUCCGUAACCAUGGAGAAGAUGGACGAAAAUAUGACAGGAGCAAAGGGACAUUGUGUUGUUGACUCAGGGACAUAUCCUUGGAUGAUCAUGCAAAUCAUUGACAAUCAACAGAGCUAAAAAAUUGAAAUGUUUAUUUUUGUAUUAAAAUAUUUUUGAUGAAUUAAAUGAUCUUGUGCACAAAUGUCACAAUUGAAUCAUUCUCAAUGGCAGCAAUGUCACUGGAUAUGUGCAAUACAAUAACUUUUCUAGAGAAAAGUUGGUUUGGUGUUUGUUAAAACACACUGACCAAUCAGCACUUGAAUAUAUAUAUGGUUUCAUUGGAUCAAAAUAAUGACAUAAAAUACAGUAUUUUUUGAAUAUGUAAAAACCCUACAAGUUUUUUUUAAAGCAACUCUGCAUUGUACUGGAAUCGCUCAAACCCUACUGACGAUCAGUAGCUAAUUAAUUCUCUGCCAAAGCUGAAGUGCUUAUAACACAAUUGUGGUUAGGAGAUUAAAAGGUCUAAAAAGGACAUCCUACCGUCUUCCUGUAAAAGUUUCCUUGUAUUGUGUUGUACGGCCUCAGGUCUGACGGUUCCCCUAAACCAGUGACCUCGGCACUCAGGUGGGCGAUCCUGAUCGUAGGAGCUUGCUGUGUCAGCGUAUUUCUCUUGGCCUGGGUAAAAUUUUAUUCUUAUUUUUUUUCUGGUUUACGCAGGUGUCAGACCUGCUAACGUUAACACAAUCGCUGCAUAAAUGA